AUGGACGCGAGCAGCCUCUUGGCCAGCCUCAAAAGGGAAGCGUCGUGCUCCAUCUGCCGGGGCUAUUUCCAAGACCCCGUCUCCCUACCCUGCGGGCACCGUUUCUGCCGCGCCUGCAUCGCCCAGCGCCGGGAGAGAAGCGCCUCCUGCCCUCUGUGCGGGGAAAACAGCCGGCUCAUAGAUGCCGCGGACAACCCGCAUCUGGCAAGGAUCGCCGAGCUCGUCGCAAGUUUGCACCGAGAAGAGGCCGAACCGCUGGAAGAGCGGCGAAGGUGUGACAAGCACCGCGAACGCCUGCGGAUUUUCUGCAAAGAUGAUAAAACCCCGAUCUGCCUGCUGUGCGGGAUCUCCAGGGAGCAUCGGCAUCACACCGCGAUCGCUGCGGAGGAGGCUUUCGAGGCUUACAAGUACCAAUUUCAGAUGGAACUGAAGACCCUGAAGCAAGGUAGAGACAAACUCCAGACCUUGAAAUUAGCUGAAGAGAAAAGAAGCAGACAAUUUCUAGAAAGGUUAGGCAAUGAAGGGAAGAGGGUUGUGUCUGAAUUCGAGCAGCUGCAUCAGUUCCUGGAGGAUCAAGAACAACUUCUGCUUGCCAGGCUGGAACAACUAGAGAAUGAGGUGAUACAGGAAAAGAUGACAAUCACUGCCAAACUGUCGGAGGAGAUUUCAGACUUUAGUGACCUCAUCAGUGAGACAGAAGAGAAGUGUAACCAGCCAAUGGAUGAAUUCCUGCAGGAUAUCAAGAACAUCUUAAACAGGUGUGAAAAUCAGAAGAUCCAGAAGCCAGUGGAGCAUCAUCCCGAUCUGGAGAAGAGGGUGAAUGCAUUUUCUGAGGAAAGCAUGCAUCUUGAAAAGAUCAGAAGGAAAUUCAAAGAUGCUCUGUCAUCGGAACCGAUAAGCCCUUCCUUGUUAAAACACGCACUGAGAAUCCCGAAGGGCAGGACAAGAUUAUUUGACCUGCCCUACGCUGAGGUUGCAAAAAGAACGGGCAGAAGAGUGAACGUGACUCUGGAUCCAGACACCGCAAACCCGUUCCUCAUCCUUUCUGCGGACCAGAAGAGUGUGAAACUGGGAGAUGUAUGGCAGGAUGUAUCUGACAACCCUGAGAGAUUUGAUACUUACCCCUGUGUGCUGGGCUGCGAGGGAUUCACAUCAGGGAGACACUACUGGGAAGUUGAAGUGGGACGUGGGAGAUACUGGGCUGCAGGCUUCGCCAAAGAAUCUGUGAGGCGGAAAGGGGAAAUCAUCCCUAGCCCGGAGGAGCAGAUCUGGGCACUGCAACAGUACGGCGAUUACUUUGAGGCUCUGACUUACCCGGUGACCACCCUGUCCCUGAGCAGCUGGCCCCGAAGGAUCCAGGCAUUUCUGGACUAUGAAGAGGACUGUGUGGCCUUUUUUGAUGCUGACACAGCAGCUUUGAUCUACGUUUUUUCAUCUGCUACUUUUGGUCAGGAGAGAAUCCUCCCUUGGCUCUGGGUGUGGCCAGGAACAGAGCUGAGACUUUACCAGUGACAUUUUA